CAAUAUAGAUUUGUGUUUAAUAAUUAUGAGUAAAAGUCAUUGCCCCAAGGCCAGCUUAGCAUUAGACAUCAUGGUAGAUGAAAUGAUCAGGAAAUGUCCGGUGAGAAGGGGCAGAAGUAAGAAAUAAAUUAGGAAUUUCCACUGGCAAAGAUCAGCAAAUCUUCUGACCAUAAACAACCAAUAUAUAUCUGUAUUGAUAUGUAAAGAACACAGAAAACAGAUAACUCAUACAGAACAAGGCAGCUUGAUAGUUUUAUCAUUCCUUUACCUUAAGGAAACUAAGAGAAUGACAGAUAACAAAGGAGUAAGGCCUGUAUUUCUAGUCUCCCAAGACAUGCAUAGAGAACUGUGGCCUUGAACAUAGAUAGGAUUUCUUUACCUAUGAACAACAUAUCCAGUCCCAAGCUUCAAGAUAAACGUGUUAUCAGAGCUCCAGAUAGUCUUAGAUUUCAUAUUGCUGCUAGGUAAUAUGGGGUGUUUUUCACAUCACACCUACAUAGCUUUGUUCUUUGCUGUUCAUCGUCCUAAAGGAAUUAAGGAAAUAUUUUUAAAAUACACAUCUAUUUCUGAGAACCCUGUUCCUCUGCACUGGGUGCGUCAAAAUGCCUCACUUCUUAGACCAUAGUUUGGAAACUUCUGUCAGACGUGAGCAGGGAGUGAGGGGAUGGUUGUAAUCAGCACGUGAAGUGGCUUGGACACGAGUUUUACCUUCCCAAGGCCACAGGGAUACAGGUGCCUGCAGGGAGGGCUGUUCUGCGGGCGGGUGGCCUCGCCCGGACAACGCAUCUCCCGUGAGCGCCGGUACGGCCGGGGAUGGCGGCACUACCCCGGACUGCUGAGAACCGAGCCCAGGGAAACUUCCACCGCAGCACCUGGCGGUCAGAGCAUUCUAGUGCUCCCAAACGGGACUGCAGGCAGCGUUUACCUCCCAUCGGAACCGGCCGGGAGCACAGCUGAGCGCUUCCUUUUCGCCGGUGCCGAGGAGCAGUCCGGCCUCCAGGGGCAGACCGUGCCGGCCGCCCUGACGCUGUCCCGCCAUGGCUCCGGGGCUCCCCGUACCCUCAGACACGGCCCCCCGCCGCCAUCUUGUUAGCGGCGCCGCUCCACGGUGAGGGGCCGGCGGUGUGGUGCCCUCUGCCCGCCACGGUGAGGGACCGCGCUGUGGGGAGCCCGUGCCCGCCACGGUGAGGGACCGGGCUGUGGUGUCCCUCUGCCCGCCACGGUGAGGGACCGCGCUGUGGGGUGCCCGUGCCCGCCACGGUGAGGGACCGGGCUGUGGUGUCCCUCUGCCCGCCACGGUGAGGGACCGGGCUGUGUGUGACUUCUCCUCACCACUGUGAAGGGCCGGGAUGUGUGGUGACCUCUGCUCGCCACCGGGAAGGGCCGGGAUGAGUGGUGACCUCUGCUCGCCACCGUGAAGGGCUGGACGCCGCGGAACCCCUGCUCGCCAUGGUGGGGCGCCGGGCGCUGUGGAACUGCUCCCUGCAGCUCGUCACGCUGCCGUUGGCAGCGGGCUGCUCAGGGGCAAUGCCGCAGCCGUUCAACAGCUCCUACCGAAAACCUGCAGAGCUGCCGCCCUGGAGGAAGGGGUGGAGCGCCACCAUGGAGCAGGAGGAGAAGGGGGAUGAGACUCUUCAGGGGCGGCAGCAGCAGCCCAGGAGUUCUCCUGAAAAAGGUAUGGAUAAGAACACAGAUGAAGAGCAGCCUUCAACUGCCUGUAACCAGUACCCUAAAGAAGCGGUGAAGAAACGUCAGAAUUCGGGUCGAGGUUCCGGGGGCAAUGAUUCUUCCAGGACCUUCAGAAAAAGCUUCAGACUGGACUACAGAUUAGAAGAGGAUGUAACAAAAUCAAAGAGGGGCAAAAAUGGGAGAUUUGUCAACCCAUGGCCAACAUGGAAAUCACCAACCUUACUAAACAUUUUGAAAUGGUCCUUCAUGGAAAAAAAUAACAGCAAUGUGCCACGCUCAAAGCAGGAACUUGACAAAGAACUUCCAUUGUUACAACCUUACUUUAUUCAAACGCCAGAAGAUGCUGGGAAAACAGGAGCUGGUAUGCGAGUCACAUGGCUGGGACACGCCACAGUUAUGGUGGAAAUGGAUGAACUCGUAUUUCUUACUGACCCAAUCUUCAGCCAGAGAGCUUCCCCCAUUCAGCUGCUGGGUCCCAAGCGCUUCCGAGGGCCUCCGUGCACAAUAGCGCAGCUGCCCAAGAUAGAUGCGGUGCUGAUCAGCCACACCCACUACGAUCACCUGGACUACAACUCGGUGGCCGGUCUGAACGAACGCUUUGGGAGUGAGCUGCGCUGGUUUGUGCCUCUGGGGCUCCUGCAGUGGAUGCAGAGAUGUGGUUGUGAGAAUGUGAUUGAACUGGAUUGGUGGGAGGAGAACUGUGUCCCUGGCCAUGAUGCAGUAACUUUUGUCUUCACGCCUUCCCAACACUGGUGCAAAAGGACUGUGACAGAUGAUAACAAGGUUCUCUGGGGCAGCUGGUCUGUCUUGGGACCUUGGAAUAGAUUUUUCUUUGCAGGAGAUACUGGAUAUUGUUUUGCUUUUGAACAAAUAGGUAAAAGGUUUGGACCUUUCGAUCUUGCAGCCAUCCCCAUUGGAGCUUAUGAGCCAAGGUGGUUUAUGAAAUACCAGCAUGUGGAUCCUGAAGAAGCAGUAAGAAUCCAUAUUGAUGUUCAAGCAAAGAAGUCUGUAGCAAUUCAUUGGGGGACCUUUGCUUUAGCAAACGAGUAUUACUUGGAUCCUCCGGUUAAAUUGAAUGAAGCUCUUGAAAGAUAUGGCUUGAAAAAAGAUGACUUCUUUCUCUUGCACCAUGGAGAAUCACGGAAUUUGAAUAAAAAUGAAAACUGAAGCAGUGUCAGUUCCUUGUAAGCCCUGUUUGAUUUGAACUAGCAAUUAAUGUUACAAUAAUAUAAUAAUGUAGGUACACAAUAGAUUUUUAAGAUUGAAUUGGAUUUCUAAAUGCCAGGUUUGUCUUUGUUUCAGAAUUAAAGCUUGCAUACCAAUUUAAUGACAAAUUUUACUAGUUAUAUUGUUUAUAAAUUUAGAGAGGUGAUCUAAAAGUGGUUUAUAUAUUAAGUGUUGUCUGGGAAUAACUUGCUCUGAGGUACACCACUGAUAAAAAAAAAAAAUAUUUUUAAACUCUUCAUCUUACCUGCAGCAGCAAUAAUAACUUCAGCACAGAACAUAUUCUUAGGAUUAAUGGCUGAAUUAUUCCUUAUUAGACUGUCAUCUCUGACAUGUUAGUCUUCAGAUCACGCCCUGUACCUUGAUCGCUUCACUGUAUGUUUUGUGGGGUGCAGUCUUCCAAUACAGCUGUGUUAUUAAACCAUAAGCAUGGUAAAAUUGUUUCACUCUUCAUGUAUUAAUGAACCAUAGAAGCUGAAUUUUACAUCAAAGAAAUGUGCCUUUUAAAGAGAUAGAUAGUUUAAUAUUGCAUCAUGUAUGUGUAAAACUAACUGCUGGCCAGAGUAUGCACACUUUUAUUGUUUUGUCUAUGUUUUUAAGUUAGGUCAGAAUGUGUCAAUUGCAGCACAUGAAGUGGAAAAAUCUCUUAGUGUCACUUGUUUUUGUGAACUCAGCCUUUUACUAAGUACCUCUUUUUUUUCUUUUCAGUAGAAAGUCUUAAGCAAGGGCUGUGGUAUUUUUUCUAAUAGCUUCCCUAUAAUUUUAAAGUUGAAUGAGAGAUUACAACAUUGUUCAGUGUUAUAAAACUUGGCCAAAUGUGUCUGUAUCAAAUUGUCUUGCCAAUUUACAGAAUUAAAGCCUAUUGUUGCCAUAAAAAGGGUUGUUAUUCUACUUCAUAAUUUCAUUGGCAAAUCAUGUUUUGUUUAUGAUUUCUUUUGGUCUGUGGGUUAUUUGAGUUGGUUUUGGGAUUUUUUUUUUUUUUUUUGCUCUUGAUGUACAUUUUAUUUUCAUAUCCCACAAAUAUAAAUACAUAUAAAAAUUAUAUAAUUUAUAUAUAAUAUAUAAAUUAUAUAAUUAAUAUAUUAUAUAAUAAUACAAUAUAAUUAUUCAAAGGUGUGAACUUCUGGCAACUAAUGAAAGCUAGUUAAUGAGAUUUCAUGGUAGGAACAACUGAGGUAAUCUUUUAACUGUAGACAGUUACCAAAACUGGUUUAAAACUACCCUGCUAUUCAGCGUUGAGGGUGUUUCAGAGGAAGUCUCUGGUAUUAUCACAAUUUGGGUGAUACAAUAUAUAUAAUCUGUUUGUAAUUUUUGUGGAGGAUACCAAGCUGCAAAAAGUUUCAAUUACAAAUUUAAGGUUGGUUUUGUUGUGGGUUGUUUUCUUUUCCUGUUUUUAUAAUUAUCAAUAGGUUAUUCUGUAAAAUUAUGUACUUUAGAAAGAGUGAAACUAAAAUACAGAAUACGUAGAUAAGCAACCACAGAGCAGAGAAAUACUGAGUUACAUGGAUCAGAAACUAGAUGUCAGUAAUGACAUGUUUUGGUUUAGAUCUGUUAAUUCACAUUUGUACCUAGAAUGGUGACCAUUAUGUUUUGCUUGGUGCUGAUAAGAUUUUACCAAGUGUGUGGGGUAGGUGGUAAAAAAAUGAGACAUCUUUGCAUAAAGGCACAUUGGAAAGUGUUGCAUGAUUUCAGAACAUGACAACAGCAUUGCUCUAUGAAGAAAGCAUUUAAAAAUAAUUCUUUCUAGACCAGAAAAAGAAAACCGAGAUAACACUGUAGUAAGUUCUCAUGUAUUUUUAGAAAAGGUCACUUGUUUCUCUCAGCUGUCAAAGCAAUGGCUAAGAGAUCAACUCUAUCAGAAAGAUGAUAUUUGAAAAACUUAUUUUUAGGCUGGAAAACAUGGAAAGGGACAUCUCUGUUGUUGAGCUUAAGAAACUUAGAACAGACUGGUCUUGAUGUCUUGUUAGGAGAAGAGAGUGGGUAAAUUCUUAGUGUCUGGCCUAGUCCUUAUUUUUCUUGGAAAAUUCAGUAGUAGAAAACAUUAAAUCUAUAAAAAAUUGCAAACAUUAAGUGAUUGUAGUGUAACUUGCUUAUUACAAACUACUGUGUUUUAGGAGCAGUGAGAGGGAGAAAAGGAAGUUAACUGUCAAUGUAGCAAUUGUCAAGUUUCGGACUGGGAAUCAUGCCAACUUCUAUUUCUGCCUUAACUGUAUUCCAUAUUUAUCCUAUGUGGAUAAAUUAGAUAUGUGUAGCUUUACCCCUGUAUUGAUCAGGGCAUGGUGUGUCACAGUUUCAAGGUCAUGUUUUUCUUGCAGUUUUAGCUAUUUACAAAGUGACCUGAAAAUAAGUAUCUAUUGCAUUACAAAAAGAGAAGAUAGUAAUGUUUUCUUACAAGCAGAGUGAGUAUACUAAAUUAGAAAGAUGAAGCACUUGGUAACAGUUUAGGUGAUGCAGUUCUCUUAAAAAUGGAACAAAGUAGAAAACUUUCCUAGCCUUUACAUCCGACGCCUUUUUUUGUUUCUCUGUAGUGGAAGUUUUUCAGUACUUUGGUUUUAGAAGUAUUUUCCAAUAUGUUUUCUGUUCAUCAAUGAAACUCUGUUCAGGUUCUUUUACAGUGAUGUUUCUAUGGAUUCCACUUCAUUUUGAAUUAAUGCUGGAUUGAUGACUAAAACUUUAUGGGGGCUAAUUCUGCAGAAGCACUCAUUCCAACGAUGCUCCAGUUGCAGAAAAAAAAAAAAAAAUGAGUAAAGACCUCCAAGGAGAGGAAGCUCAAGCCUGUUACGGAAUUGGAAGGUUUUCAAAAAUAUGUGUGAUACUACUCUUGUAAGACAUUUUUUUAAAUAAGAAUGAGAAUGCUGAAUUACAGUUGCAGGCAAUCCUUGACUCAUAGUAAUUUUUUUUUAAAUGUGUCUACUUUCCCUAAAGUGACAGUUUUAUAUCAAUACAAAAUCCUUUCAAUUUUUGUUCAAGUGUAGAAACCUUUCACAGUUGUACUUAAUUGCACUGCAGUUUGGCUAAAUGGAAUGGAUAUACUAAGCAUACAAGAAUGGACUUUUUAAAUAAGUUCCAUACGGGUAAGAUGAAAAACCUAGGUUUGGUGACUUUAGCAUACAGCUUUCACUGAAGAUACUAAUUCUGUAGGAAGCCAAUGCCAGUUUGGUAUUGUUUUUAUUAAUAGUAUUUUGUAAGAUUCAGCUGUACCAAUUUAAUAGAAUAGUAAAAUAUAAAUGCCUAAUCUCCAAUUGCUAAAUCUUUAAUGUGCAAUUGUAAAGAGGUAUUUAUUCAACAUCUGUAAAUACUUAAAGUAAAAAAAAAAAGUUAAAAAAAAAAAAGUGUUGGAAGGAUAUUUUCAUUCACUUCAUUCAUUAAUUCAAAAUGUUCACUUUACAUUACGAGUGUUUUCAUGUUUUAAACUGUUUGGCCCCAUUGCAUAAAUGUAACAACUGUGCAGUUGUUUAUCUGUAAUAAUUAAGCUAUUGCUUUUCUCUUGUUUGUAGAAAAAAUCCGUUAUGUUCUCUACAUUAAACACACUGCAUUCUCUUUUGUAGUAAAUCAAUUGUGCCUAUUAAAAUGCUAGUAUUUAGGGUGGGGGUUUUUUUACCGCCGUCAUUGUUGUAUUUUUUAGUUGUUGCAGGCUUUUUUAGCAUAAUAUUGCUAAGAUUAGAUAUUUUCAUCAGGUCAGUCUGUUUUAGGAAAACAACACUAUUGUGUUAAUAUUCUCACAACUUGUUCUUUCACUUCUGUGUCAGGGUGAUGCAGCAAAGAUGCCAGUCUCUGAGUGAAUGGUGCAGAGUCCCGGCAGAGUGAGAAGAAAAUUGAGUUUUCAUUGUAUUCUUCAAUCAUGGUGCCUUCUUCACCGUUCAUGUUCUUUUUCAAGUUUGCUGCAAAUGUCAGGGCUCGAACCAGAAUAUCUCUGUUUAUACAGUUGUCAAAAAGUAACACCAAUGAUGGCACCUAAGAUAUUGAAGAAAUAUUCCAUACUUAAUCACCAGCAGUAAGUACAUGUAACUUCAGAAAACAGAAAAUAAUGUGCAUCUAAACCAGAAAUUGUAGGAAAUCCCAGAACUUCGUAAUACUGUGAACUCCUUGAUCAGUGCACAGUGUGAAAGUUUUAAUUUUCUCUCUAGAAGACUGGCCUGUGCAUCAACAGGCUAAUAAAUGCUUUGUAUUUUGAGUCUUCAAAAUGUGUCUGUCUGGAAAAUUCCCAUUUGGAAGAGAGGAUCUGCUUUCCUUCUCAGCCACAUUGAUUUUGCCCUGAAUGUUUUUUGUUAGCAUAUCCCAUAAAUGAAAAAUAUGAUACAGUUAACAGAGAACUGAAUAUUUAGCUACCCUAACCCUGUUUGAAAAAUUAAAAGAUAGCAUUAUCUAGACUAGCUUUACUCAUGGCAGAUGGCCCACAAGUAAAAGCCACUGCACGUUUUAAGAAAGUUACUUUGGGGAGGGGAACAAGGAUGCAGCACUUUCCAGCCCCUGACUCUGUUUUGGUCGGAGGAAAUGAAACUGAAAGAAACCUGUGUGCCAAGGCCAGCACAAUAAAUGUCAUACAAAUAUCUCUAUGAAGAUAUAAGUAAAUGCACUGGGAAAGUUCACUUAGAGGCAACAGUUUUAUGGGUAUAUUUGAAUAAAGGGGUGGUGAUUCCAGUGGAAUUUUGUUAGGUUUGGUCCAGUAUACUGGCUAUAGAAAUAGCAGUUGAGAAGGAUCACUUACAGUACUGGUUCUAUUUGAUGGUUUUCAAUCUAUAUACUGACUAUGUAUCUGGAAAAGAAGUUUUAGGCUUUUUUUAGUUCAUGGUACUACCCCUUUGGUAGAAAGGGAAGGUUAGAACAGGUUGCUGCAAGUUAUCAUUAUUUGGAAUGGUACACAGAAAGUACAACCAACAGUCUCCAGCUGUACAGGCCCUGUGCCUGUCCCUCUGCAAGUACAGAAUCUGUAUUGCACUACCCUCUGGAAUAAAGCCAGCCUGUGAAAGAAUGUGCACUUAGAUACUGAAUUUAACCAACCAGUGUCUAGAAUUUAUUCUGAAAUUGUAUAUAUAUUUCUAAUUCUUCUAGUGCAUUCAAUAUCUAAACUGCUACACAUGUAUACCUGCUAAAAAUAAAAUGAAGUAGCAAGAACCUUA